AUUCUGUAUGGGGGAGGUUAUCCGCGACGCAUCGCUUGCGGUACGGUUGUGGAAAACAAAAGGUCAUAUUGAUACACGCCUUUUUUUAUAGGAUUAUGGUUCCCAUAUGGCCAUAUUUCCAUGUUACAGCUCUUGUUUACAGGAAAACAGACGGGAGACCGAGUGGACUACUUGUGCUAAUUAGCUAUCUGCGUUUCCAAACACCUAAGUUACUGUAUGUGUAAACGGAAGACAUAUGCCACAAACGUGUUGUCUUGUCAAUGAAAAAUACUGUCGGCUGCUGUGUUAAACGCGGUUAAAAUAGUGUACAGUGUGAGAGCUGCCAGUGCUGGGACAGUCUGUCCGUGUGUGUGUCAGUUGACUGGCACAGUGCGGAAUGCAAGAUGCUGCUCUCCCUUGGGAUGCUGAUGCUGUCUGCCACACAGAUCUACACCAUCUUCACCGUGCAGCUCUUCGCCUUCCUCAACCUGCUGCCCGUUGAGGCCGACAUCUCUGCCUACACAUUUGACAACAAAACAGGUAAUUUUGAUGACCUGCCUGCACGGUUUGGGUACCGGCUGCCCAGCGAUGGACUCAAGGGCUUUCUGAUUGGUGCACGGCCUGAAAAUGCCUGCGAGCCCAUCGACCCGCCCCCUAUCCGGGACAACCUCACUGGCGCCUUCAUCGUGCUCAUCAAGCGCUUCGACUGUAACUUUGACAUCAAGGUGCUUAAUGCCCAGAAGGCCGGGUACAAGUCGGCCAUUGUACACAACGUGGACUCUGAUGACUUAAUCAGCAUGGGAUCCAAUGAUCUGGAUAUUUUGAAGCAAAUCGACAUUCCAUCAGUGUUUGUUAGUGAAGAGACUGCCAACUCCCUGAAAGAAGACUACACAUACGACAAGGGGGGUCAUGUGGUCCUCAUGCCAGACUUCAGCUUGCCUCUGGAAUACUACCUGAUCCCCUUCCUCAUCACCGUGGGAAUCUGCCUCAUACUCAUCGUUGUUUUCAUGAUCACCAAGUUUGUCCAGGACAGACACAGGGCUCGGAGAAGCCGUUUGCGCAAGGACCAACUGAAGAAACUCCCCAUUCACAAGUACAAGAAAGGCGACGUCUACGAUGUGUGCGCCAUCUGCCUCGACGAGUAUGAGGAUGGAGACAAGCUCCGGGUUCUUCCCUGCUCCCACGCUUACCACAGCAAAUGCGUGGACCCCUGGCUAACCAAGACUAAGAAGACAUGUCCCGUGUGCAAGCAGAAGGUGGUCCCCUCCGCAGGCGACUCGGACUCAGAGGACGACAGCGGGACCGAGGAGAACGAGGUGUCUGAGAGCACUCCGCUGCUGCGCUCCCUGGCCUCCGCCAGCGGCCACGGCUUCGGCACCACGUCGGGGGCCUCUCGCUCCGAGCCCGAUCAGGAGUCCUCGGAGUACGAAGACACCAGCGACGACAGCGAGGAGGAGGACGUCACCGUGGAGACUGAGACGGUGGUGGUCCAGCUGCAGGAGCCUCGUCCCGAUGACCAUGACGCGCCUGAUUGGUUGGCCUGAGUUGACGGACAGGUCACCCGGUUUCCCCCGCCUCUCCCUCCCCACACACCCUACAGGCUUGCAGCAGCAGAGACUCACGCUGGAGACUCACGCUGGAGACUCACCCGAGACCCUGUGUGUUUCAUUUUGAAGUCCCCGUUUAAUAAAAAUGUGUUUUAUCUCCCUCUUUAAGUUUAGAAUGCAAAUCACCAUAAUAAUCCGUUUGUUGUAUGUUUAACCUGAUUCCUGAGCAGUGUCAUCGCGUGUUUUGGGCUAACCCGACAACAUUGCUUUCACAGGAACAUUGCAGUAGACUGCACUGUAGUUAAGUCUGUACCGGGUGGUAGAACACCGGAGACAUCCUCCGACUGCGGUUACACUCAUCACUGUGAGAAAGGGCUCGACACCAACUACGAAGGAAUGCGUUGUGUGUGUGUGUAAAACAAUUGUAUAGAUCACUAUCAGUAACAUCUUACAACAUUAUUUUGGUAGCCUGCAUAUCUGUAUGCCUCUGUAUCAGACGGUGAGGAGUUCUAAUGGUGUAGAUAUUCUUAUAGCUUGUAUAGAAAUAUCAAGCAUUAUUCAGCAGCCUUUUAUAAAUUGAUUGAACUGAUCUUUUCCCAUAAGGACUAUAUAGAAACGAGGCCAUGGGAACAGGGUUUUGUCAAUCGGUCUCGAGCCAGAGAUAAUGGAGUCAUUAGAGUACGAUUUGGAUGCGACUGAUCUGGUACGUUGAUAAUGCAAACAACCUGUUUGUGGUGCUGCAUUCAGCCAAAAUACAUUGUUUGUUUGCCCAAUGUUAUGCGUUUCCUCUCAGAAGUCAAGCAGAAUGGGGGUGGGGAGACCGUUCCGUUCAGAUAAUACCCACGUCUACACUGCUACAAGCAGCCUGUUGGCUUAAUCUAGACAUACCAGAGAGAUCAUUUCCCUGAAAUACAAGACAUCAUUGGUAGAUAGGUCUUGCAACAUGUAUUUGGUGUCAUAUCAUUUUAAUACUGUAAGUAGGUAGUUCAAGUAUACAGAACUAAAAUAUAAAAACGCAACAUGUAAAAGUGUUGGUCCCAUGUUUCAUGAGCUGAAAUAAACAAAGUCCAGAAAUGUUUCAUACACACACACACACAACAAAAAAAAAAUAUUGUUCUGUGCACAUUUGUUGACAUACCUGUUAGUGAGCAUUUCUCCUCUGCCAAAAUAAUCCACCUGACAGGUGUGGCUUAUCAAGAAGCUGAGUAAACAGGAGGAUCAUUACACAGGUGCACCUUGUGCUGGGGACAAUAAAAGGCCACUCGGGUAAAAUGUGCAGUUUUGUCACAACACAAUGCCUUAUGUUUUGAGAUAGUGUGCAAUAGGGGGGGGGGGGGGGGGUUGCCAAGGAGUAAAGCCCUUUUGUAGAGGAAAAACUCAUUCCGAUUGGCUGAGCCCGGCCAUGUGAAAUCCACAGAUUAGGGCCUAAUGAAUUUAUUUCAAUUUACAUAUGAACCAAGUCAGUAAAAUCUUUGAAAUUGUUGCAUGUAGCGUUUUAUAUUUUUUUCCCCCUAACAUGAAGUUGUUUUAUGUUAAGUCCUUGUUGCCUUUCCUUUUUAUGUGAUGUCUUACCACUAUCUACAUUCAAUCUAAUUUCACUUCAAUAAACAAAAACAUUUAUGUCUACAGAA